AUGGCUCAACAAUGUUAUUCUGAUAUUGAAUGCAAAAUUAUUAAAGCUCAAGUAGAAAGAAGAGCAAAAUUUAGAAAGGAAUUUUUAAAACAGCGUACUGACCCUUGCAAACAUGCUAUGGAAUCUGGUUAUGUUUUUGAUGAGGCAUUGCAACGUUUUGUAUCUAUGAAGGGCUACCAAUUAUACUUCUUUAAACCUUGUUUGAAAACUGCCAUGACUGGAGUAUUGUCAAUAUUGCCUUUUUUUGCCUAUGGUUAUUUAGUUUGGAAUGAACGCAGCAAGUUCUUAAAGGAUUGUGCUUGUGGAAAAAUAAGAUAUUGUGAUCGUGCAUUUAAAUUAAUCGGAUAA